GCUCUCCAGCCGAGCUGUGAGGAAGGUUAUUUGAGCGUUCCACGCCAUUUCCGGUCCGGGCAAAUUACGAAGAUGGAGACUAUGCUGGAGCAGCAACGCCGCUACCAUGAGGAGAAAGAGAGACUAAUGGACGUUAUGACCAAGGAGAUGAUGGCUAAGAAAACCACGUUACGAGAACAGAUUAAUUCAGACCACAGAGCCAGAGCAAUGCAAGAUCGAUAUAUGGAUGUCAGCUCAAAUCUAAGAGAUUUGUAUGAAGACAAAGAUGGACUGAGGAAGGAAGAGCUGAAUGCAAUUUCAGGACCAAAUGAAUUUGGAGAAUUCUACAACAGAUUGAAACUAAUCAAAGAAUUUCACAGGAAACAUCCAAAUGAGAUCUGUGUACCCAUGUCUGUUGAGUUUGAUGAGCUUCUAAAAUCCAGAGAGAAUCCAACUGAAGAAGCACAAAAUUUAGUAGAGUUCACCGAUGAAGAGGGUUAUGGCAGAUACCUCGAUCUACAUGAUUGCUAUUUGAAGUACAUUAAUUUGAAAUCAUCAGAAAAAUUGGAUUACAUCUCAUAUUUAUCAACCUUUGAUCAGCUUUUUGAUAUCCCCAAAGAGAGGAAAAACGCAGAAUACAAAAGGUACUUGGAAGGUGUUCUAGAAUACCUUCAAGAUUACACAGACCGGGUGAAGCCGCUGUUGGACCAGAAUGAACUCUUUGGGAAGAUACAGGCAGAUUUUGAAAAGAAGUGGGAUAGUGGGACAUUUCCAGGCUGGCCGAAAGAGACAAGCAGUGCCCUCACUCAUGCUGGAGCUCAUUUAGACCUCUCUGCCUUCUCUUCUUGGGAGGAAUUGGCUUCUCUUGGAUUGGACAGGUUAAAAUCUGCUUUGAUGGCUUUAGGAUUAAAAUGUGGAGGAACCCUAGAGGAAAGAUCCCAGAGGCUUUUUGGCACAAAAGGCAAAUCUUUGGAAGCUCUGGAUACAUCUUUGUUUGCGAAAAAUCCCAAAGCAAAGGGAACAAGAAGAGACACUGAGAAGAACAAGGACAUUGCAUUUCUUGAAGCUCAGGUUUAUGAAUAUAUUGAAAUCCUAGGGGAGCAAAGACACUUGACCCAUGAGAAUGUACAGCGCAAACAGGCCCGUACAGGGGAGGAAAGAGAGGAGGAGGAAGAAGAACAAAUUAGUGAGAGUGAGAGUGAUGAUGAGGAUAAUGAGAUAAUUUACAAUCCCAAAAACCUACCUCUUGGUUGGGAUGGCAAGCCUAUUCCAUACUGGCUGUACAAACUGCAUGGCCUGAAUAUCAAUUACAACUGUGAGAUUUGUGGAAACUACACAUACCGGGGACCCAAGGCUUUUCAGCGUCAUUUUGCGGAGUGGCGUCAUGCUCAUGGCAUGAGGUGUCUCGGGAUCCCAAACACUGCUCACUUUGCCAAUGUCACACAGAUUGAAGAUGCAGUUUGCUUGUGGUCCAAACUUAAGCUCCAGAAGGCAUCUGAACGGUGGCAGCCAGAUACUGAGGAAGAAUAUGAAGACUCCAGUGGGAACGUAGUUAACAAGAAGACUUACGAAGAUCUGAAACGCCAAGGUCUUCUGUAGUGCCUCUUCAGGAGUUCCCUGGAUGUAGAUUUGUUUUUGACAGACUUUUCCAUAUAAAAGAUUCAAUCCCUGACUCUUAACUGUAGAUACCUGGUGACUUUUAUGGGUCCUUAUUUGGAUUUUUGUUAUUUUUAUUAAUUAAAUCUUACAAAUUAACAAUGUUGUCAGUGGUACACUUCUUAUAUGUAAUUAUAACUCCAUCAAAGAUAGAUUGUUACACAUUAGUCUGCUACCAAGAGACUUUUAGUCAAACUAUUAGUCUAAUUGCCAUUAUUAUUUUAUCAGACACACCCGACCAAUCUCUAAGAUUUGACAAGCAGUGGUUACUUGAAUAAAAUGUCAGCCACAACCAAAAUGUCAUAUAUUUUAAUUUUGUUUUGUUUUUUUGUCCAAUUAAAUGAGUUAAAGAUGCUUCCAUCAUAACUUCCAAAAAGAUAAUUUACAGAACAAUGUACCGAUAUAAUGUAAAAUGUUUUAUAUACAAUUGGGUGCAUUAAAAUGGUGGAAUUUGUA